AAAAGAGAGAAGCGCUUGAGACUAAAAAGUCGGUGAAAUUUGUAGAAGAGCACACAGAAAUCCCACAGACUGUUUCAGAAGUCACAGAAAGCUUUACUACAUCUGGUGAGAGCAAACCAUCCAAGGAGAAGUCCAAGAAGCAAAAGCCGAAAAAGGAAAAAACCAGAGAAAGUUGAAACAGUAGCUGCUGUUGAAGAAACGAAGCCGGAUAAGCCAACAGUUGUUGAGCAUGCGGCUACACCUGCAGUUACGCCAUUAAUGGCAUGGUCUACUAUCAUUAGUCAAAAUGUUGUAGAAUAUCCAAUAACAAGUAUACACGAACUAACGGAAAUAGUUGAAAGCAGAAAAGAACCGACGAAGAGUCUUGACCAAGAUGUCAUACCAAUUCCAGAAGUAAAAUCGCUAGAUGAUGCAGCUAGUGAGGACACAAUACAUACAUUCAUCGGACAUGAAAAGCAGCUCACCGAAAAGUCUCGCGGAAAACCAAGAAAAGAAAAGAUUAAGAAACAAAAUGCCGAUCUGGAUGAAAAACCAGCUGAACCAGUUGGAGGAACUAUAAAAUCAGAUGAGACUUCGGCUGAAGUAUCCCUCUCUUCGUCAGCCAUAGUUAGCCAGGAACAAGAAGAGGACGUUGUGCGUCCAGUAAUAACUGAGACUGUAAGAGAAACAGCAAAUGAUGCCGCAAUUGCGAUAGAAGAGAAAGAACAAUCUCCAGAAAGCGUCGCUUUGAUUGAAACCGAAGUGACUAUUCCUAAAGAGGAGGAAGUCAAUGAACUACCUGAAACCGCGCGGCCUAAAGAACGAAAAGAAAAGCCAAAGAAGCAAAAGCAGAAGAAAGAAAAGUCAAAUGUCGUAGAAGAGGAGCCACAAGUAACCCAAACUACUAAGGAACACGUUUCCGAACCAAGUCCAGAACCGGACACUAUUAUUCACGAAGAGAAAGUAGCUCCUACCGCACCACCUUCAGUUUGGUCUAGGUCCGAAACAUACGCUGAAGUGGUUAGAAAAUCUGGUUUGGUCGAUAAUACUAAUAUACGCUAUCAAGAGCUUGAAAGUGAGCCAACUACUGCGCGAAUCUUUGCGCCUGAAGUAGAGGCAUCAAUGCCAUAUGAAUCGGAAUUUCCGGCAUCUACCAAAGAACUUGUGAAGUUCGAGCAAAUGCAAUCGGAACCCAUUGUCGAGACACACCCAGUACAGUUAGCGCCUACAAUGGAAGCUUCUACCGCAGAAGCCGUGAACGAACCUGAACCUGAAAUACCUAAAGCGCCAACUGCAGCUGAAACAGAGAUAGAAGAUGCGCAAUGUGUCACUGAAACAGUUGAAAUGUCAUGGAGAGAUAUGAUUGAAAGUGAAGAGAUUGAGCCAACGCCAGAACCAGAACCGGAGCCGAAAACUUCAUCAUGGGCAUCGGAAAUGACAUGGAAGGAAAUAAUGAAGGAUGAAAACAAACAUUCCACUGAACCAGGCACUUCAUCCUGGGCAUCUAUCGUUAGAAGUUUCGCGCCGCAGGAGCCACAACAAAAUAUAUUCGUAACACAUGAAACCAGCGAUGUUGUGAGUACCAGUGCGCCAACGAGACCAUCACGCACAAUAGAACGUCCAACCAUUAAAGUUACCGAAGCUCCCACAAUUACUGAGGAAGCGCCACCAACAACAGACAGCGAAGGCUUCCUUGAGUGUGUAUCUAAAAAAGAAAAACGAUGCAGACGAUCACGUUCACGCUCACAGCAAUCAGUUCAAGAAGACGUUCCUUCUCACCAUCAAAAACCUGAGAAAACCAAGAAGAACAAGCAUGGAAAACAGGCAAAUCGCGAUCGCAGUAAAGAUGUGCCAAAAGAAAUAGCCGAAGUUGUAAAGAAAGAGGUACCACCGCAACUAGUUGAAGAGUUAGAAAACAUCGUUGUAGAAGAAACCGUAGUAGUAGAGCCACAAAGAGCAACUACACCACUAACGACCGGUUUAUCAUGGGCGGCUAUUGCAGCGCAAAAUGUGCCAGAGCCCGUCCAGUACAUACGACCACUUUAUGAAGAAAGUACAGCCAAGCCAACAGAAGCUGUGCCAGAAAGUGUUGUUGACGAAAGCUUAAAGAUAAGCACUACUAUAGCGUUGGAACCCGAAAAGAAGAAGAAAACCAAAAAACCCAAGAAGAAAAAUAAGAAAAAACAUGCGGAUGAAGCUGAACUGGAAGAAUUGCAUGAAGUACCAACUGAAAGCUCAGCGCUUAUAACUGAGUCUACUCCUACAGCAAUUACAACCUCCGACGCCUUUAUCAGUCAGACAUCAUAUUGGUCUGCCAAGUUGAAACCACAAUUAAAGGUUUCAGUAACAGAAAAUGAGACAAAGCCCGUUGAGGAGUUACCGGAGACAGACAACAUUUCGCAAAUACCAAAGCCUGCGGAGGAAGUUACUGUGCAAUCGCCGACAGAUCAACCCACAACAUGGUCCGCACUCAUACAAACUGAGACAACAGUAUUUCCAGCGCCGAUUGUGAAUGUGCGCGAGUCCGAAGAUAAGGUGCCUUGGACAACAUUAGUAGUGAGUCAGACUGCAGACUUCCAGACGUCCAAGCGACAAGAAGUUGUCGACGCCACUACCGAUUUCCUGGUUAAUGGACGCGUGUCUACAGAGAAACAUCCACCAGUGAAAGUGACAGGAAGCACAUACGCAGAUGUUGUGAAGACUGAAGAGCUACCAGCUCAGGUGACCACAACUGUUUUUGAAAAAGUUUCAGAGCCUUCAACGACUGUACAGAGUGUUUUUGAAACAACAACAACCACUAUUAAGACUACUAGUACCGAAAAUGUACCGCAGGUGGAGGUUUCGAAUGAAUUCAUCGUGCCCAUUGUGAUUGCAACACAAGAAAAGUCGGAAAAAGUUAUUCAACCCACGCCCACGGAUAAGGUUGAGGAAGGAAAGAUAGAAUCCUUAGUGAUUGAAGAAGUAGAAGAGCCGACAGCUGUUGAAGCGCAAGAACCGAAAGAGAAGCCAACCAAAGAAGUCGGUGUGAUUGAAACAGUCACAGUUGAUAUCACAGAAGGUGAGGAAGCAACGCUUCCUGCUCCACACACUGACACCUCAUACGCGUUUGAAGAAGUCGAUUUCGUAGCGCCUUCGGCUGUCGCUCCAGUGGCGCCAACGACGCUUGAUCUCACAAUAGACUUCCUCGAAACAGAAAAGAUACAACAGCCGAUCACUGUAGAAGCUGAAAAGGUGUAUGUGCUUGAAGCAGGUACGGAGCUUGUGAAACCUGAAGCUCAGCCUGAAUUAGUCAAAGAAACUUCUCAAUCUCAGCUAGAUUCAACCAAAAUUUUCGUUGCGGCUUCAGCUGCGCCAACAGCACUCGAUCUCACAAGAGAUUUCUUGGCUACUGAAAAGUCAUUACAAGAAAAAUCAACGGUGUUGGUAAAUGGGUCUGAGCUAAAGGACGUAGUGGUAGGAGCUGAGCCAGCUAAAGAACAAGAACUUACCGCAGAACCUCAGCAAGUUGUAGAGAAAACAAUCAACACCACCGUGGUGGUAGAAACAACUGUCGUCAAAAAUACAGAAAUUGGUCAAAAUGAUACCGGCGAGCUUAAAGAUACUAAAGUAGUUGAAGCUCCACAAACUGUUACGGAACUCGAUGAGGCCGAAGAGCAUAGACCACAGCCUCAACCUAUAACUGGACAGUUUUCAAAGGUUGUCGAAGUGGUGGAAACUGCCACCUUCGAACCUAUAAUACCCGAUGCAGUGAUAGCAGAACUAGAAACCGUUGAGGUGCCUGAUGAAGAAAAAUCACCUCCCGCGCCAUCCGCAACUUCGACGCUUGAUUUCACGAAAGAUUUCCUAGCCACCGAAAAAUCUCAUUACGAAGUGACGAUAUCGAUAGAGGAGGUGCAACCCGAAAAGGAUGUCGAAGAGCCUGAAAUUGUCAAAGUAUCCGAAGCGGUUAAAAAACCUGAAGUAAUUGAACCUUCCCAACCUGCUAAGGAUUUCGAUGUAGUCAAAAAGCCUGAACCACGGCCUCAGCCUACAACUGAAGACUUUUCAAAGGUUGUCGAAGUGGUGGAAACUAUUACCGUCGAACCCACAAUACCCGACGCAGUGAUAGCUGAAAUGGUACCCGCUGAGGUGCUUGGCGAAUCAACAUUACUUCCCGCGCCAUCCGCACCUACAGCGCUUGAUCUCACGAAAGACUUCCUUGCUACAGAAAAAUCU